ACAAAGAAAAGAAAGAAAAACAUGAUGAAGUUCUUUCUCCUAAAAAAAUAUAUAUACUGCAUGAUGCAAGAUGUACUUGAUGUAAUCAGGGAAGUAUCUUUCGAGGUCAUACUAAACAUCAUUUAGUUUAGCAUCCUGUAUUUAACACCAGUUGCACAGAAAAGAGUAUAUAGAUAGAGUAGCCACCAAGUUAUAAUUCCUUGGAAUCCUUCUCCAACAUUUUCUGAUUUAUGUUUGCAUUUAUAUCACAGGCAGAUAGUGAUAGGACAAGGGGGAACAGUUUUAAACUAGAAAGGGGAGAUUUAGGCUACGUGUUAAGAGGAAAUUCUUUACUCACAGGACAGUGAGGCCCUGGCACUGCUGCCCAGAGAAGCUGUGGAUACCCCAUUCCUGGAGGUGUUCAAGGCCAGGUUGCAUGGGCAACCUGAUGUAGUGAAAGGUGUCCCUGGUCAGGAUUAGGACUGGAUGAGCUUUAAGGUCCCUUCCAACACAAGUCACUCAGUGAUUUUAUGAUGUACCCCUUCACCAGUGCUCAAUCACCAGUUCAGGCCAUGACAUAAAACUUCCCCUAUACACCCCCUCUCUAUUAACAACUAUGGCAGAGGCAUUACAGGACUGGGAGUUGGGAGGGAGCAGAGCAGGGAGAAUUAAGAACAAUUAAACCACAGCACGUUGCUCAAAUGGAAAUCCUUAAUCUUCAACAGCUCGGAUAAACAAGAACCUAUUGAAUCCUAGCUCUUCUGUCUCUUAACUCCUUUUAGUCCUAAGGAAAAUAAAGAAUGAUGUGAUUUUAUAAGGUAAAUACAACUGCGUUUCUAUUUCUUGCUCUAGAACAAAUUACAAACACAGCCUCAGCAGGCAGACAAGCCAAAUUUCUGGUAGCAAAACUUGGACAAGAGCAUAAAAGGGACUUCUAUAAAGGCUGCAGGUAUCCACCAGUUUUGUCCCAGUAUCCAGAAGCUCUGAGGAGAAACCAUUCGGUUUAAUUCCCUCUUACGUAGCCCUCUAGCAGCAAGGAAAGAAUUUGUUGUAAAGCAAAACUGACAGAGGAACGACUUCUGCAGGUUUCUCUCUCACAAAACAGAGAGUCCCACUUGAUUCCUUUCACUGUAUCGCUAUGUGAAGCUUGCUGAGAUCUACAGGCCAUUCUCAACAGACACGAGUCGAAAGGAAAAGUUCAAAUGGAAAGGGCAGAUUUAUGGCUGCAGCAGUGGAUUCAUCGCAGGGCCCCUUCCAAAAUUCUGGUACGAUGAAUCACUUACCCUUAGAUCUGUAAAAUGGGGAUAAGGAUUCAACACAGAUGUUGUUGUGAGACCUCAAACAUUUCUGACCCUCAGUUGGCAGGCGCCUGUCUAAGUGCUAAGUAUCGUUAUUAUUCUCUCCAAAUCUGAGUCCUCCCAUCAUCAAGAGUCUCUCUCCAGGGCUGGAACUACUGUCUGCCCAGACGGAAUCCAGAAAAAGCAGACAGGACCCCACUAUAAGGAAAUAUGCAGCUGUGCUCAUCUCAGCAUAAAGGCAUCAAUUUUAUUCGGCACUGUCAAAUGGAGAGUAAUUAUAUGGGGCAGGACACAGGGACCCUGAAGCGAGUGUCCUGAAAGAGACCCCUCUCAUUCAGCUGAAUAAGAUGCCUUCAGCCAUUUGAACUGAUAAACCAUUAUCAACCCCUCCCCAUUCACAAGCCCUCUUUGCCAUCCCAUAGACCCUCCUCUAUUGCAAGCAAAGGGAAGUGUUGGACAGGCUGAGCUGUUACCAUAGCAGCCGCCCCUCUCUCUCUGCACUCCCACCAUUAUGGAAUUAUCCCAUUCUGAAAUGUCCUGUUGUGUCUAUUAAUACCAGACUUCCCCCAAACAAUGCUUCACUCCACCCUCCUAAAAUAAUCAGGGGACUCCAAGAGGGCUGUGUGAAAGGCUGGGAGUUCAGCAGCAGCCUUCAGUGAGCACCAUGAACACUGGAAUAUUCAUACAGCACAUUCAUAUCUGCAACAGCAGCAGCAAGCCCCAUGCCAAGGGCUCAGCUGGGAUGAAGAAUGCUCUUCAGUGCAGGGGUGUCCUCUCCACUGCUCCGUUGUGAGCCUGAGCUGAUAACGCACUAUCAGAGCCAGAAGGACGCUAUAUAGAGGGGCACCUUUCUCCACCCUCAGCAGCUCUGCAACAGCGUUCUCUUUUGGGAUCAGCUCCUUGGUUUUGCCGUUGGUGGUUCGUUUUGGUUUGCUGCCAUCAGAAGGAACUCCCUGAGAUCUUCCCUAAAAGGAACUGGUUCUCCACCCAUAGGACCGCGCUGUGAAGAGGUUUUUCCUUCUAAAACUUCAAAACUGUGGUGAAAAAUGAAAGGCUCAGCAGACCCCUCAAAUCUACUCCUCAAUUGCUCAAAUCAGUCAAACUUCCCUUUAGAAACUUCAGAGCAAUGUGGCAAAGAAACACACCUCGAGAACGUACUUUUUGCCACUUUCUACUUCCUGGACUUCAUCCUGGCUUUUAUUGGCAACUCCCUGGCUCUUUGGCUCUUCAUUCGGGACCAGAAGUCUGGCACACCCGCAAACAUUUUCCUGAUGCACCUUGCCGUGGCUGACCUGUCAUUUGUGCUGGUACUGCCCACUCGGCUGGUGUACCAUUUUUCGGGUAAUCACUGGCCAUUUGGGGAGAUUCCGUGCAGACUCACCGGCUUCCUCUUUUACCUCAACAUGUAUGCCAGUAUCUACUUCCUUAUGUGCAUCAGCGUUGACCGGUUCCUGGCCAUUGUGCACCCCGUGAAGUCCAUCAAGCUCCGCAGGCCCCUUUAUGCCCAUUUGGCAUGUGCCUUUCUAUGGCUUAUAGUUGGGGUUGCAAUGGCACCCCUGCUGGUUAGCGUGCAGACUAUGGAAAUAAACAACACAACCAUCUGCCUGCAGCUCUAUAGAGAAAAGGCAUCACGUCACGCUGUUGUGUCCUUAGCAGUAGCAUUCACCUUCCCAUUUGUUACUACAGUGACUUGCUACUUACUAAUCAUCAGAAGCCUGAAGAGUGGGAACAGAGUUGAGAAACACCUGAAGGAAAAAGCUAUCAAGAUGAUCAUCAUGGUCUUGAUGAUCUUUCUGAUUUGUUUUGUACCUUACCACGUCAAUCGCUACAUUUAUAUUCUCCAUUACAACGGGACCAAGACUUCCUGUGAGACACAGCGUGUUCUAGCACUCAAUAACCGCAUCACUUCCUGCCUCACGAGUCUGAAUGGGGCUCUCGACCCGGUCAUGUAUUUUUUUGUAGCUGAGAAAUUCCGUGAAGCUUUGUGCAACCUGUUUUGUGGUAAAAGGACUGUGAUGAUACCGCAGACAUGUGAGGGUAAGACAAACGAAAGCUCGCUAAGUGCAAAAUCUGAACUGUGAACGUGACUCUUGCCUCUGCUUCAACGGGAGAACACUGUCCCACCAAAAUCAGCUGAGAGUGCAGAUGUACAGCAAGACAGUCUAACCAGAGCCAAACUCACUCCUGCAGAGGGAUGUUCUGUCAUUUCCCUGGAACUGAAAUUAACAAGAACCCCUCUGACAACCGAGAUUACAUGCUCUUGUCUUACUGAAACUGCAAACACACACACAGCCAUACUGAUUUCCAAGAUGUGAAGCUGAGGGCUGAACACUUAGGGACAACUAAGGGAACAUAGUGGCUGUUAAAUGGACAGCUUCCUUUUGCAAAAUAACUUAAUUCCCAAAGCAUUCAGUUGUGGCUCUUCCUAUGCACAAUGCCUAAGCCUACUUAAAAUGUCACACUGCACCAACACUAGAGAUCCAUUCCUGAAGUAGACUGUGCAUUUUGUUCAAGUUGCACGCUCAGUGUUUAUGCACUGUAGGCAGAAAACUGGCACUAAGCCAUAGCAAAAAGAAAAAAAAGGAAAACGCUGGAACACAUCCAACCAGGAAUGCAAUUAAGAGAGUAUUGCCAAUUUUUUAACUGCUUCCAAGUGUUAAGAGCAGGAGAUGAGCUCUAAGCUUCAAACUACUGCUUCAGACAGAGGCCAGACAACGUUUACUACACUGCGUCCUUUGCACAGUUCCCUGUCAAACAUCAGGCAUCCUGAUAACAUUCCAACUAAAAAACAGAAAAGCUCUGCUUAGGAAUACAGCGCUCAUAUUUACUACACACUGAAUCAAAAAACUACGAACCCCUGUCUUAAAAAAGUGGUGAAGGUGGACAAAAGCAAGCAGAAGAAGAAAUCAUAGAACAAUUUAGGAUGGAGAAGACUUUCAAGAUCAAGCCCAACAUCCACCUGACCUACCAAGUCCCAACACUCCAACCACCUCCCUUAGUGCCACAUCCACACACCUCUUAAUCACCUCCAGGGUAUUUAUUUUACUGAUGUUCUCCUUGCCCAGAAGAAAUUCUUAUCUUUAAGGUGUUUUACAACUAUUUCAUUUUUGCAAUUUACCGAGCCAGCCUAUUUAUUCACUACAGAUAAAGCAGGGAUCACCUUAACUGUCCUCACUGAUACAAAUGAUAUCAGUGGAACACAUCUGGGAAUGAGAGGCAGACAAGGGAAGAUCAGGUACAAUGAGAAAAUGGAAAAAGAACCCAAGAGUUUCCAACAGCAUCUGCUAGCAGAAAGCUCCUACGCAAAAGAGACAAAUGUUAUAGGAAAUCACAAGAUAGGUGGAAUAUAUUUUGAAUGUACAGAUACAUAGGCACAUACAUUCCUUUUCUAUACUUACCAUUUUAAAUUCGGUCCACAUAUUACGAAAUCAAACAUUCUUUUUCUUGCUUGAAUUGUUUCAAUCCUAGCUGCUUUCCUAAAAAGACCCAGGAAUUCUCCUAGGUGCUAUGACAACACCACAGAUUCUAGCAAGCUAAGAUGUCACAAGAAAAUUUAUUAUGCCCAGCUCUGAAAACUAAGACACAGAAGUUGCAUGCAGGACUGAACAGAAAAUGGAGUGGAGGGGUCUUCCUGCUGGACAGGGUACAAACAUAUAACCUUCUCUUCCUCACCCUUCCGGUAGUGAAAAUGUAAACCCCAGGAAACUACUAAGCUUUGCUCAAGAUAUGAAAGCGUGAAAUUAACUAUGAAUUGUGCAACACUACGUACUAACUGUCAGAUUCGUUUAUUUUCUUACGAUAUUCCUUUGUAGAGGUUUCAAGUUUUUAGUUUCUUACUUCUUAAUUAAAUGCAUUAAUCUACCUUAGGACUUGAUCUCAUAUUUCUUUAUAUAAAAUGAAUGGUUUUUGAAGACCGGGGAAAUCUUACGCUGAAUAUGUUUGAAUAUGAUGUAAUCCUCACAUUAUUCUCUUGGCCUUUUGCUGUGUUUCAAAUUGCUGCUCAGCAUCUUAUUACCGAUAAAUAGCCUACUCAGCAUCACACAAUUCCCUUUUCUCACCUGCUAUCUGGCUUCUUGCCUAUAAUCUCUUUCUUUUCAGUACCUUUCCGCUAGCUACUAACACUUGAGUUUCUGCUUUCUACACAUUCCGUUGAACAAAGAACACUAUCCUUCAUUUAAUUUCUUAGCCCACAACAGGCUACUCCCUAAAGCUUUUUCUGAACCUUUGCAAGCUUUACCUCCUGGUAUAUGACCAACAGACCGCUCUCAACAUCUCACUACCGUGUCAACAACAUACUGACUAAAUUUCCGGAGCUCCUGCUCUG